AUGACUUCCUCAUACACCAAGGCGACCCCUCCGCCAUACGAAUACAGCUCCCUGGCCCCACCUGUCGCAGCUCUGCCUGCCAGACGAACACAAUGUCGACAGCUCCGGAUCCGUCGCCGUCGCGGCAUGAAGCUCCUGGCCAUCUCCGGCUUGGCCUGUCUCGUCUUCCUCGUCUACGCUCAGUGGAACCAACUGACAGUCCUGCCUUCCUGGCGCCAGUCUCGUCUCGCCGCUGAUCGUCUUCAAGAGGACCUUCAAACGUGCACCAAGCUCCGACGAAAGCCUCAGGACCCAAUUGGCCUUGGGCGUACCAAAAAUGCACGCUAUGUUGACGGCCAAAGGCCCAUCCUCAUACAGAAUGCGACAAUCUGGCUCGGUGAGCCUGUGGAGGGCACCUCGCUCGAGGAUGCCCGCGCGGGCAAAGGCUAUUCGUGGACCAGUGGCGAUGUGUUUGUGCAGUUCGGACUGAUCCAAAAAGUCGACGCUCACAUCAGCCUCGAGUCUCUCCCUGGCGACACCCAGAUCUACGAUGCCAAGGGUCGCCAGCUGACGGCCGGCAUCAUUGAUAUGCACUCGCACGUUGGCGUCAGCUCGCUGCCCGACCUAGCCGGUACCGAGGACACGAACGAGCUCUCCUCGGACAUCACCCCCUACGUCCGUUCUAUCGACGGCCUCAAUCCGCUCGAUCCGCAGUGGCAGGUCAUCAAGUCCGGCGGUGUCACCACCUCGCUGGUUCUGCCCGGCUCUGGUAACAACAUCGGCGGCGAGGCCUUCGUUUUCAAGCAUGCGAUUGGCGAAAAGGAUGGUCGCCAGGAGAUCUCUGCAGCCGAUAUGCUUGCCGACCCUGAUCCCUACGUGGGAUCAGAGUAUGCUGGCAAGAUUCUGUGGAAUAACGGUCUCACUCCAGUUUACGUCAGCGAUAACCCCGUCAUCAACGCUCAGCACGUGCUAUUUGAGGCCGCGAAGGCAUACCGCUAUGGUCUCCCCUACCAUGUGGCGCUCGCUGGCGUCACGACAGCGUCGGCAGAGCUUCUUGGCCUGGGAGAACGGCUGGGCAAGAUCAAGCCAGGAUUCGACGCUGACAUUGUGGUCUGGGACAGUGAUCCGCUCAGCAUCGGAGCCGCGCCUGCGCAGGUCUGGAUCGACGGCUUCGCGCAGUUUGAGAACCCUGUCGAGCUCGACAAGCCUCUGAAGGGGCCAAUCGCCGCACCGCAUUCGAGCGUAGCUUUGAGCGGCGGCAUCUCGCAUCACAGAAAUAUUGUCUUUACUGGUGUCACCAAGAUUCUGCUCUCGGACGGCAAGAGUCGGACGACCUUGAACGGACCCGUCAACGUUGUCGUGUCCGAGGGCGAAAUCACCUGCACAGGUGAGUGUAGCAUGGAGGUCAGCGUUGCUCGCCAAGGGCCGUCGCACGAGUUCAUCGCCCUCGAGGACGGCCACCUCACGCACUCAUUCACAGCGUUCGGGUCGCAGAUCGGGCUGAACGCCAUAGAUUACGAGAGUAAUACGGCCAACGGAGAGAGCACCAAGUUUAGCCGCGGCGUCGACGGUUUGGCACUGGACACGAAGAAGCUGCGCGUGGCGCAUCAAUACGGCAUCACGCGGGCCGUCUCGGCGCCAACGUUCUCUGGGGGACUGACGCACCGGGGCACCAGUGUGGGAUUCGUCACGGACGCACAGCACGCGCUCGAGAAGGGUGCCGUUUGGUCGGAGGAUGCUGCUGUGCAUUACACUUUCACUCUUGACGUCAAGCAGGGCGAUACGCCCUCCAUCUCGACUGCAGUGGGCGCGCUGCGCAAGGACCUGCUGGAAGCAGUCUCGAACAACGACACAAUCUCCGACCGGCACUCGGAGCAGGCUUUCCUGAAGGGGGUGGUGGAAGGCGAAAUGCCUUCUGGUGUUGACAGUGCACAGCGCGGACACGAUUUUCUGCCGUGCUGCGACUCAGGCCGAUGUUGA